AUUAACAAAUGCAAUAAACAUUGCACCUAAUUACUGGAGCAAUAUAUAUCAACUACAUAUAGACUACGCAACGGAAGAAACUGGUGUAAAAAGCACCAAACAUUUCGUAGUGAAGUGUGUUGUACCUAAUAGUGCUAAAGCGUUAAUGAACAUACCUAUGUUUAAAAGUGAAAUCCAGUUUUAUAGAGAAGUAUUACCCACAUUACAGCAGUUUUUGAGAAAUAAUCAUUUACCAGAAAUGAACUUUUUUUCCCAUUAUGCGUGCAGCAAGAAUAAAUACGGAAGAAGUUGAUGAAAAUUCGGUUAUAAUAUUGGAAGAUUUGCGAUAUGAAGGCUACCAAAAUAUGGAUAAACUUAAAGGAUUCAAUUUAGAAGAAACCAAAUCGCUUCUGAUAGACAUAGCUACCUUCCAUGCUGUUCCACUAGCCAUAAAACAUUCAAAUUCACUUCUAUUUCAAACAAAAAUUAAAAAUAACUGUAUAGACCCCCUACCACUUCCUAAACCUACAGAUGGAGAAAAUAACACGCCUCCACCAUUUCCGUUUGAACUAUUGCGCGAAGUGUUAGAAGAAAGUGAAUUUUGUAAAGCUAAUUUAGACAAGUUUGAACAAAUUGUGAAAAAAACUAAAGAAGAAACUCAACCUAUAGUGUUUUUUAAAAGAAAAGAUCCUAACGGGAAGUUUUCAACUUUGUGUCAUAAUGACAUGUGGAUCAAUAACAUUUUGCAAACAAUCGAAGAGCCUAAGAAAAAUAAACUUUUAGAUUUUCAAAUAUACACUAUAGAUAAUCUGGCUUUAGAUUUGGUAUAUUUUCUUUUUACCAGUGUAAAUAGUAAAGUUCUUCAAAGAAAUUUUGAUUAUUUGUUACGGUUUUAUUACGACAAUUUUGUAAAGAUUUUAAAGCCACUCAAAUGUACUGAAAAUUAUUUUCAGUAUGACUCUUUUAUAGAAAAAGUAAAGGAAGCAGCUGUAGAUAAGUUUAUACACAUUGGAAGCAUGACCAUGAUAGCUUCAAAGUCUAAGAAAAAUGAAAAUGGAGGAGAUGUUCAUACUGGAGCUAAGGAGAAAUUUGUGUUUUUAUUCACAGAAAUGGUGAAACGAAAAUGGAUUUAGUCUAAUUUUUCAAUUAAAAUGAUUAUAAUACUAAUGAUAUGUAAUAAUCGUCUACAAUAAAGUAGUUAUCAA